ACAACAAACAUCCUCAGGCAGUAGAGGAGGACACCGGCUUUAGGGGGUCUGGUGAAUUUGGUCUAGACAUGGACACGGAGAAGAAGGACUGCUCCGUUGGGGAGUAUUUUGUGAAGAGGAGGGUUCUGGAUGAGUUACGUCUGGAUGAAGUGGCACAAAAAGGGACUUGGUCCACCAAACCAACCCUGGGAGAACGGCUGAAAGAGUCUCUGAGAUGUUCGGUGCCCAGACUGAAGCACACCUUGCUGAGCUGGAUCCCCGUGCUCAGCUGGCUGCCUCACUACUCCAUCAGAGAAAACUUCAUCGGGGACCUGAUCUCUGGCUGCAGUGUGGGCAUCAUGCAUCUGCCGCAGGGCAUGGCAUAUGCCCUUCUGGCCUCCUUACGCCCAGUGUUUGGCCUUUACACCUCCCUUUACCCGGUUCUGGUCUACUUCAUCUUUGGCACUUCCAGACACAUCUCCAUAGGAACAUUUGCUGUGAUCAGCAUCAUGAUUGGGAGUGUGACGGAGAGGCUGGCACCAGACAUUGACUUUCCUGCAAACGGCACUAACGGGACAGACCUUGAUGCGCGAGAUGCACACAGAGUAGAAAUAGCAUGUUCCCUCACGGUCUUGACGGGAAUCUUUCAGAUCCUGUUAGGUGUGGUGAGGUUUGGUUUCGUUGUCACCUACCUGUCUGAACCACUGAUUCGAGGCUACACCACUGGGUCAGCAUGCCAUGUCUGUGUGUCCCAGCUCAAGUACCUUUUUGGAGUCAAGCCAGCUCGCUUCACUGGUCCACUCUCCCUUAUUUAUACUCUGGUGGAUAUAUGCCGGCUGCUGCCUGAGACCAAAGUGCCAGAGCUGGUGGUCAGCUUGGUUGCGCUUUCUGUUCUCAUUGUUGUCAAAGAAAUCAAUGACUGCUACAGACAGAAGUUGCCUAUGCCCAUCCCAAUAGAAAUCAUAGCAAUCAUAGCAGCAACAAUCAUUAUCCACUUUGCCGACCUUACAAGUAAAUAUAACAUUGAUGUUGUUGGAGAGAUUCCAAGUGGGCUUAAGGCCCCUCGUGCCCCAGAUGCCACAUUAUUCACAGAUGUGAUAGGUGAUGCUUUUGCAAUAGCAAUUGUGGGCUACGCCAUCAACAUUUCUCUGGGCAAAACAUUUGCCCUCAAACAUGGCUACAAGGUGGACAGCAACCAGGAGCUGGUUGCUUUGGGUCUCAGUAACACUGUCGGCGGAUUCUUUCAGUGUUACUCUGUGACUUCCUCCUUGUCUCGCAGCCUCGUGCAGGAGAGCACAGGGGGCAAGACACAAGUUGCAGGAUUGAUUUCGUCUGUCAUCGUGCUCAUCACGGUUUUGAAAAUAGGUUCUCUUUUUUCAGAUCUCCCCAAGGCUGUCUUAUCCACAAUAGUGUUUGUGAAUUUGAAAGGCAUGUUUAAGCAAUUCCUGGAUGUGUCUCUGCUGUGGAAGACCAACAAGGUUGACCUGAUGGUGUGGCUGGUCACAUUCACAAGCACCAUCCUGCUCAACCUGGACCUGGGUUUGGCUGUCUCCAUUGGCUUUUCCAUGCUAACUGUCAUCUUCAGGACACAACUACCCCGUUACUCUAUCUUGGGCCACGUGUCAGGCACUGACCUGUAUCUGGACACAGAUACCUACAAGGAGGCUAAAGAGAUUCCAGGAAUUAAAAUCUUCCGUUCAUCUACAACCAUCUACUACACAAAUGCUGAGAUGUACUUGGAGGCCCUGCAAGAGAAGAGUGGAAUAGAAAUCGGGAAGCUGCUGACGGCAAAGAAGAAGCAAGAAAGGAAACUAAAGCGUAAACAAGAUAAAGAGAAAAAUAAGGCCAAAAAGGAGGCAAAGAAACAAAGAGAAGCAGUCCGCCGAGUCUCCAAGGACACUUUCUCAGAGAUGAAUGAGAGGAGAGUCUCUACAGGACUGAAGGAGCAAAGUCAGGGUGAUGUUGUAGCCUUAGGCCUGACAGAAACCUCCACAAAUGGCCUUAGUAUAGGCCAGGUAAACGAGGCUUACCAGCAUGACACAACCAUGUCCGACUCAGAUUCAGAAACAGGUUACCACGGUGAUAACAGCAUCAACAAGGUAUCGCAGCGCGGAAAUGAGGAAAAGGAAAGGGCUGUCAGGUCAGGCACGCACAGCAUUAUCUUGGACAUCUCAACCACCAGCUUUGUGGACACCGUCUCUGUGAAGACCUUGAAAAAUAUUUUCAGGGACUUUGGAGAGAUUGAUUUGGACGUCUAUCUAGCAGGCUGCCAAGCAUGUGUCGUGGAGCAGCUGGAGGCGGCAGGCUUCUUCUCAGAGUCCAUCCCAAAGAGCCGGCUGUUUGUCACAGUUCAUGAUGCAGUGCUUCACAUUCUCAAGAAACUGGGCGACACUGACUUCGUUCUUGAUGUGUCGUGCAGCACUCAGAUGUAACCAUCAGGGGUCAGACCGCUCCAGCUCUCUCCAUCCUCCUCCUCUUCUUAGGCUGCUGCACGUAUCAUUGCUCACUAUUGGUCGUCAUUGUCUCCUCCUCCUUCAGUGGGGGAGAAUGCACCACCUUGACAUGGCGGCUGGUUGCCAUGGCAAUACAGGGAGCCGUUGCUGUGGCAACAGACUUUUUAUGAUAUCGUCUAAUGAGAUAGCCGGCAAUACGUCAUUGCAGCUCUCCCGCUCCGUGGCGUGUGUGAGGGACAGAGAAGGGGCGGGGGUUGAGUGGAGAAUGUAACAGUGGACGAAUAGGAGACUGUAUUUAUAGCCUGUGUGAGAGAGUGAGUGAAAGGUUGACUGUAAGGGGAAACUCAUAUGUGAGAGGUGUUGUUGUGAAAAACGGGCCACGAUGUGUGAGCAUAUGUCUGUCUAUCAAUUUAUAUUGUUGAAUCAACAAUAUAUUCCAGAAAAUAACAUGUGAAUAUUCAGAAGAGAUAUGGCCGGGCCAUUGCCUCAGAAACACUUUAUCAAUCCUUUAAUUACAAUUCAAAACAUUGAAGAAUGAACUGAAUAGCAGUUAAGGUGUAAUAGGCAUUUCAGUAGUAGGCGUAGCAGCUUUUAAACACAAUGUGGGUGUUUUUAUGGUUAGUAUUCACAAGUCUGAAUCCUCUUACAUCUUUUCUAUUUUUGGGAUCCAGUGUCAAUUAUUGACAUAAAUAAUUGGAAAUAAUUAUUUGAAUAGCCCACCAAAAUAUAUUUGCUCAAGGCCAUGUUUCUGUGUUUGAAAGGUCUGCAAAAAGGUGGAAUUUAAAAGAAAUACAUUUGAUAAUCACAUUUACUCCUGUGUUUAUUAUGUCUCAAUUUGUAGGAUGUGGGAUGGGACUAAUCAAUGAUCAACCAGCAGAAAACACGUAAAUGUGUGUCAGGGAUCCUUAAAUAUUGGUUCCUUGGAUGAACCACUCCAAUGCAAACAAUGUUGAGUGUUGUAAACUACAGAACACUCUCCUUAAGAGUGCUUACGGUUCACCUUUGUUCUACCUGACACGUCAAGUUAUCUGUGAAAUGUUUGACUAGUUUUUAUACCGGCGGUGUAACAUAUUAAAUGUGAUUCAACCAGAAUAGUUUUGGUACAUUUCUAGAGUUAUACAAAGUAUGAAUGAGACUGUAAAUAAAAAGUCAGAAAAAACACAUUA